GUCGUGACAGGUGUAGUGGCGCACGCAUCGCGUCUAAAUAAUAACGAAUUGCCGCUCAAACAAUAAAAGGCUUUUACUUUUAAAUUAUAUAACUUGUGUUACAGUGCCAGUGUCUGUGAUAUUCUUGUGGAAAGGAUGAAGUGAUCUGAUUGAAAUUGGUAACGUCUCACUCUGAUGUGUCUCCAGUGCACGAUGACUGUGAGCGACUCCGGGGGCUGCGUCAACAAGGCCUUCGAUGCUGUAGACGAUGGCUUCCACACCAUCGAUCUGCGGACCAGGAGGGAGGACGGCCCACAGGCGGACAGAGCUGAUCGCGAGUCUCGUUGCGGCUGGGGUGCACUGCGGCCGGCUUGGUUGCAGCGCUUUAGAACUGCUAAAUGGGCGUUAUUCUGGCUCUGCUGGGCAGGCGCUAUACAGGGCAUGGUAGUGAAUGGGUUCGUGAAUGUGGUGAUCACCACCAUCGAGAAGAGGUUCGGCCUCCGCUCCAUGCAGACAGGAGUCAUCGCUGGAGGGUAUGAUAUGGCAUCGUUUCUCUGCCUGGCUCCGGUGACGUAUCUGGGCGGACGGACCGCCGCGUCAAAGCCUCGCUGGCUCGGCUGGGGCGUGCUGUUGAUGGGUGUGGGCUCCCUGCUGUUCGCGAUGCCGCACUUCCUCGUGCCGCAGUACAAAGUUGCCGGCGAAGAGGAAGACGAUCUCUGCAGAGUAAAUAGGACACUUUCGAGCGCUCCCUGCUCUAUCUCCGGCGAGGGCUCGUGGGCCGUGGCAGUGUUCGUGGCUGCCCAGCUUCUGCACGGAGCUGGGGCCACGCCUCUCUUCACUCUCGGAGUCACCUACAUAGACGAGAACGUCUCUAAGAAGAUGUCUUCCGUUUAUUUGGGUGUUUAUUACACUAUGGCCGUGGUGGGUCCGGCGCUGGGGUACGUCGUGGGAGGACAAAUGCUGCAAUUAUAUACAGACUUUUUGACCGUGGAUUCCGAGACGCUGGGUAUAACUCCCGUGAGCUCUGUGUGGAUCGGUGCGUGGUGGGUGGGGUUCAUCCUCUCGGCUGUUCUCUGCCUGGUGGUCGCGGUGCCACUCCUCGCCUUUCCAUACGAGUUGCCGGGUGCGGAUGAAAUAAAGGCGUCUAAAGUAUCCGAAGCCCACGAGAACGCGACCAAGUCAGCAGCUUUCACAGCUCUCCGCGAGUUGCCGUGCGCUGCUGUAGAGUUGUUUAGGAACCCGACCUUCAUGUUCCUGAACCUGGCCGGCGCCAGCGAGGGUAUGCUGAUCUCUGGGUUCGCGGCCUUCCUGCCGAAGCUCAUAGAGAACCAGUUCGGUGUGAGCGCGUCGCAGGCGGCUCUAUUGCUAGGUGUCAUCACGGUGCCGGCGGGAGGGGGCGGCACGUUCCUGGGCGGCUGGCUCGUGAAGCGUUGGCGCCUGGCGUGUGCGGGUAUCAUCAAGCUGUGCGUGGCCUCGACCCUGCUGGCGGCCAUUUUCUGCUUCUCCUUCGUCCUCAGCUGUGACGACUCUCCCUUCUCGGGAGUCACCGUCCCUUACGACAGCCCCUCCGUUCCCGGCGGAGACGGUCUGUUGGCUCAGUGCAACGCCGCGUGCGGUUGCUCUGACCUGGCCGGGGUCUGCGGGGCCGACGGGAAGGCCUACGGGUCCCCGUGCCACGCGGGCUGCACCAAGGCCAUCAGGCAGGGCCCCGUCACGCUGUACACGGGCUGCGCCUGCAUACCGCGGACCAUCACCCUGCCGUUGUACCACGACACGGAGAGCAACACGUCGGCCCCGUACGAGGCCAUCAACACCGCGUGCGCGUCCGAGUGUCCCUACCUGUGGCUGUUCGUGUUCCUCUCCUUCUGCGUCAUGUUGUUCACGUUCGUGGCCACGAUGCCGGCACUCUCCGCCACGCUGAGGUGUGUCAGGGAGGAGCAGCGGUCGUUCGCGUUGGGCGUCCAGUGGAUCCUGGUCCGUCUGCUGGGUACGAUCCCCGCACCGCUGCUGUUCGGGUUCCUCAUCGACCUGGCCUGCCGCCUCUGGUCCGCGGGCGCCUGCCGCCUCUACGACAACCUCUACAUGAGCAGAUACAUGUUGGCCCUAGCGUUGGUGGGUAAGCUUUGCUCGCUUCUGUUCUUCUUCUUCGCGUGGUGGUUCUAUAGACCACCCGCGGCCAAAAACAACAACGCGGUGUCUCCGGCCGCGGACCUCGUGCUCCACGACAAGAGCAACGGAACCCUCAGCACCAUCGCCAACGGGACCCUGGACAGAAACAACGGAUAUUGCAACGCGGCCCUGGAGUGUAGCGACCAUAUCUGAGAAUUCAUUACCAACGCCCUCUUCAUAUCAUACAGCCAAACCAAAACGUGUCGAUGUCUCAACAAUUGGACUAUAUCUUAAUUCCUUCGGGCUCCAAAGCACCGACUCGAUGUCUGAAUCAAUCAUAAACCGUGAUUAACAAUGUAUUUUUUCGUGUUGGCAACAUUCCAUUAAGCGUAAUGUUUGCGUGUAUACGUUUAAGUAUGCGGAUGUCGUUAGACCUUAACGCUAUAAGGAACGGCCCGUACUGGCAACACUGGCUGCGAGUCGCUCCGACCUGAAGCAUUCCGUUGUGUCAACAAUCGUUCAAUGUUCAUAUUUAUAUUAUAUUUUGUUUAAGACUGAUUGUUCGCAUAGUUAUUAAAUAGUUAUAGUGAUUUUAUUUUUAUUCUAAGCCGCGGGUACACUGGACUGUAGUCUAGCGCAAGUUAUGUAUUCAUAGGUUUAUCCCCUUUACUUAGAGCGAGUCGUUCUAUGAAACUAUUUAUCAUUCAAUGUUUUGAAUUAUAAUAAUUAUAAAUAUACAUACUUAUAUUUUAUUUGUAAAAAAAUUACCUUGCAAUUGCGAGCUAUUUAUAUUAGUUUUUAUUUGUACAUCAAAACUUAUAACCUAGACGCGUUUCUAGGAUUUUCUUAUUUAUUGAAUAUUAGAGCACUGAAUAAAUGUAUGUCUUGUAGUUAAUUAGUUAAGGGCAGUAUUGUAAUCUCACAGGUUGUUGACUUAUUACUGUUAAGACAAUUUUCUGUAUCUAAUUCACACUACCUUCAUUUUGAUGUCUCAAAAUUUGUCUUUCUGUUCAGCCGCUGAUGAACAUGUAAAUACUUAUUGUAACUAACAAACAUAACGCUGACUAUUCCAUACAAACGAUACAUAUGCAUUAAGUGUGCUCUCAAAUAAUAUUAGCGGAGAGUCGAGGUUUUUUGAUAAAUGUAAGAUAUCUGUAGAUAAUUAUAGUAUGAUAAUAAUUUUGAAAUUGUACAAUUUUACACUGAAAUGUUUGGUAAAAAUAAAAAAACAGAUGUAUGGUGA